AUGAGCCCUAGAAAUGUCAUCGUCUUCGGCCCAACAGGGGGCGUGGGUUCCGCUGUAGCCCGCACCGCUCAAUCGCACGGCGCCAAAGUAUUCCUCGCCUUGCGUGAUAUCUCGAAGCCUGUACCUGGCCUCACUGCUGCCGAAGAGCGAAGCUUGGGAUAUGAGAGGGUUCAAGCGGACCUCACCGAGCCGAAGUCCGUCCAUGCUGCGGUGUCCAACACAGGAGCCUCUCACGCCUUCAUCUAUGCAACUCUCGGAAGAUCACCCGAUCAUAUGCUGUCCACUGUGGAAGCACUCAAAGCAGCAGGGAUCGAGCAGGUCGUCCUCUUGAGUAGCAUCUCUGUGCAUGGCGAUGUUCGGGCUAUUCCACCAAGUAAUUUCAUUGCAUAUGAGCAUGCGCAGGUCGAACUGUCGUUGGAAAGUGUAUUCGGCCCCCAGGGAUAUGUUGCAGUUCGCCCUGCCUGGUUCGCGACCAAUUCGUUCUGGUGGAAGAGACAGAUUUUAGAGGGGGAAGUGAAAUGGGCCUUCCCAGACCUGCGUUUUGAUUUUAUCGCCCCUGAAGAUAUUGGCGCGGUAUCCGGGACGAUUCUCGCCGGCGCAUUCGAAGGCAGAUCCCCAGUUCUUCUUGCUGGACCAGAGACGGAUCUGUCAGUUGCCGGUGCCAUUGAGGUUAUUGGACGGGCAAUCAACAAACCGGUGAAAGUGACAAAGGUCAGCUCAGAUGAGAACAUCCAAGUGCUGACUGAAAAGUCCGGGAUUCCGGAGCCCUUAGCGAAAGACUUGACAAAGGCCUUUGAGGCAGCGAAUGAGGAUCAAAAUUUGCUCCUUGGACCGCUCACUUCUGAAGUGAGAGCGAACGUCGAGAGGCAUCUCAAGCGGCCCUCUACGCGCUUUUCCGAAUGGGUGGAAAAGCACAAGGCCGAGUUCGUGGCGUGA